GUCUAUCUUGACUACAUAAUAUUACAUUCCUUUGAAUGGGGACCACUAGAGGUCUCCAUGUUUGGAUUAUCUUUCAUUUUUCAAGCCUUUCAUUUUCGUUCUGGAAAAAAAUUCACGAUUUCAACGUUUAGUACUUCUACUUCUACGUUUACUUCUACUGCUCGGGACAUCUGUAUACCUGUGGAAUUACAGAUGUUGGGGAAGGUUUCAGGAGAAGACGUCGACUUUGAGUCUCUCUUCCGCAACCAUGACGAGGAUUAUGCCUCUGCGGAUCGCAAUCUGGAUUUGGCGCUGCAGCGAGUCAAGGAGCGCCAAGAACAGGAGGCCCUGUACUUCAAGCUCUAUGGCCGCGUCGAAGUGCAGGAGUGGCUUCUGAAAGAUUCCGUUCGAAAUAAGGCGUAUCGCGAAGCCAUAAUUGGCAACGAAUUGUUCCAGGAGAAGACUGUGUUGGAUGUAGGAUGCGGCACUGGUAUGUUUUCGAUUUUUGCUGCCAAAGCAGGGGCUAGCCGAGUAAUUGCUGUGGAUGGGGCCAGCAUAACCGAGUACGCACGAAGAAUAAUUCAAGACAACGGCUUUAGUAGCGUUAUUACCGUCGUUCAGGCAAAAGUGGAAGAAGUAGAACUACCGGACUCUAUCCAAAAGGUCGACAUUAUUCUAUGCGAUUGGAUGGGGCAAUGCCUAUUUUCCGAAAAUAUGCUGGAGUCAUUGAUAUUCGCGCGAGACAAGUGGCUUGGAGAAGGGGGAUAUAUUUUUCCAGACACCGCCCAACUGUAUCUCGCGGCCAGCGAAGGCGACGAACCGGAUUUCGGGUUCUGGGACGACGUGCACGGCUUCGACCUGGGAGCUGUCGGGCGAAGAUUCAAGGAGAAAGCGGCAGUAGAGCACGUGCACCCCAGCCAAGUGGUGAGCAAGCCGUGCUUGCUCCAGUCACUAGAUCUCUACACCAUGCGUCACCAGGCUGCUGGCAUCCGCUCCUUUUACGAGCUUAAGGUCACUCGGACUGGCAAGGUUCGAUCCCUGUUCGUCUACUUCGACGUGGGAUUCAGCAAGAGCCCGCAAAGCGUUAGCUUCAGCACUUCCCCGAGCGCUCCCUGGACGCACUGGAACCAAACUGUGUUUCAUCUGGAGGAACCAUUGCCCGUGCGGGCCGGCGAGUCCAUCAAGGGAGUGUUUGCUAUGCAGCCCAGUGCCGACAACCUCUUUCAACUCCAGUUUGACAUUUACCUGGACUUUGAGGGGAAGGAGAAGUCGAUCAAAAGCAAGCAGUCUUUCGUUCUGACGAACACUCUGACCCUGUGUUGAUAAUGCUAUUUAAAGUCUUACUAAAGGUAAAGAGUACAUACAUAUGUACAUAAAAAUAUUGUUGUUAGGGGUCCAACCAAAAAAUAAAACUUUA